CGAUGCCGAACCGUGACGAACGAGCGCCUUCCUCUCGCCGUGGUGCCGAAGAACACGGAUACUCUAGAAGUGGUAGAACAGGAUCAAGGCAAGAGUAUCAAAAUCGUGACAGAGAAGAACGUGACUCAGACAGACGUACCUCAAGACGAUCUUUAUCACCGGCGCGCCAUCGAUCAUCCAAAGGUGAUCGUCGUAGCCGCUCCCCUGAGAGGCGAGAUGGUCGGAGCCGCGUAGAUCGACCACGAGAGCUUGAACCUCAUCGAUCCUCUCCGCCACGCCAUCUUCGCUCACGACCUCGCUCUCAAAGUCCACCAGCUCAAUCCGUUUCUUUAUCAGCACCGCAAGCAGCAUUAGGAGACGAAGAACCUGAACCUGAACCUUCCGAAGCACCAAACUUUGCACCCUCAGGAAAACUUGCGGCUGAGACGAAAACAGUGAACGGUGUAGUUCUCAAGUAUCAUGAACCCCCAGAAGCUCGUAAACCAAGCAAAAAUUGGCGAUUGUACGUUUUUAAGGGGAAAGAGCAAUUGGAUGUAUUACAUGUACAUCGACAAUCGGCGUAUCUGUUCGGACGUGAUCGACUCGUAGUUGACAUACCCAUCGAUCAUCCAUCAAGCUCAAAACAGCAUGCCGUUUUACAAUUCCGACUAGUGCAGACCCGCAAUGAAUUCGGAGAUACGAAGAGUUUAGUAAACCUGAUCUUGGUCAUUAACGUGUUUGCCCAUAAUUCUAGACCGUUCAUCAUCGACCUCGAGUCAGCCAAUGCGACGUUUGUCAAUGGGGAGAAAAUUCCACAAGCCAGAUAUUUCGGGCUGGAAUCGGGUGACGUGAUCAAAUUUGGGCUCAGCACCCGUGAAUACGUCCUCAUUCCUGAGACCUAG